AACUGACCACCGCCCCUCCCUUGUUGCAACACCUUUUCAUCUUUUUAAAAGUGGGCUUAAAAACUCAUUGGCCUAGGCACCCUCCCGGGGUGUUUUUGGGGUAGGUGCGGAGGCCGAGCGCUCUAUUUGAGAAGUAAAGAAAAUGGAAACCCUUGUAUAUAAUUUUCAUUCAGUGCUCACAAACUCAUUAUUUCCGAAAAAUUACCCAUUAUCAGGAUUUCUUCAUCACCAGGUACGCAUCCGCUCUUCACGCGACCUGAACAUCAGAAGAACUUGGAAGAUGGCUCUGUCGAGUUCAACCCAUGAUGCACAAAACCCAGCGAUUCAGCAGCAGAAAAUCAUUAUACUGAACAAGCAUGGUGAGAAACUUGUGGGGGUUUUACAUGAAACCAGAUCGAUGGAGAUUGUAAUAUUGUGCCAUGGUUUUCGAUCCUCCAAGGAAAACAAUACUAUGGUUAACCUUGCUGUUGCUUUGGAAAAUGAAGGAAUCAGUUCAUUCCGCUUUGACUUUUCUGGAAAUGGGGAAAGUGAUGGUUCAUUUCAGUAUGGUAACUACUGGGGAGAAGCUGGUGAUUUGCAUGACGUAAUCCAACACUUUCUUGGAGUGAAUCGUAUAAUAGGUGCAGUUCUCGGCCAUAGCAAAGGUGGCAAUGUGGUGCUUCUUUAUGCUUCUAAGUAUAAUGAUGUACAUACUAUUGUCAAUGUUUCUGGCCGUUAUAAUCUGGAAAAAGGUAUUGAGGAGCGCUUGGGUAAAGAAUUUUUGCAUCGAAUCGAGGAGAAUGGAUUUAUUGAAGUUAUGAAUAAGACAGGACAAGUCAAUUAUCAUGUGACUAAGGAAAGUUUGAUGGAUCGCCUAAACACAAAUAUGCAUGAGGAAUGCCUCAAGAUUGGAAAAAAAUGCAGGGUCUUGACAGUCCACGGGUCUGCUGAUGAAACAAUCCCAGUUGCAGAUGCUUUUGAGUUUGCAAAGAUCAUCCCUAACCACACUUUGCACAUUAUAGAAGGAGCUGAUCAUGGUUACACUUCCCACCAAGCUGAGUUGGCUUCUGUCGUCUUGAAUUUCAUCAAGGCAGACCAGCAUGAAGACAAUGAAACUCCUAGUCUGGCGCCUGGUGGGACCAAUGCUUGAUCCAGUCCGUUUAAGCUCUGUCACUCCGGACUAUAAAGUUGGAGAUUCCCAAACUAUUAUGUUGUGCCGAAGUCAAGUUCAACGCACAAAUGGCCCAAUGCCAUGGGUUUACAGCUGAUGAGAAACUAAUAUGCUUGUAUUUGGACUUAAAACAUGCCCUCCGAAUGCAACCCACUGCCUCAUAUUUUUGUGGGAUUGUUCACUUGGCAAUUUAUUUUCCUACUUUACAAUCAA